AUGAACAGGCUUCAACCCGGUAUCAUCACCAAAGUUAACGUUUCGGGGGGUGAUUACAAGUUCAUGGACAAUAUUAAUCAGUUCCAAAAAGCAUGCGUUAAAUAUGGUGUACCAGACGUUGACCUGUUCCAAACAACUGACCUCUGGGACCAGAAGAACAUUGCUCUCGUGACGCAAACAAUCUUCGCUAUAGGCAGAACGGCAUAUAAACAUCCAGAAUGGCGCGGCCCCUGGCUCGGUCCUAGGCCCGCUGAGGAGAACCGUCGUGAAUUCAGUGAGGAUGUGCUCCGUGCCGGUGAAACUGUAAUAGGUCUACAAGCGGGCACUAAUAAAGUAGCUAGUCAGUCUGGACAGAACUUCGGCGCGUCUCGGAAAAUAAUUCUUGGCAAGUGA